AUGUACAACACCCCACCAACACUAACAAACCUACUAUCUCAUUUCUCUCCGAGUAUUGACUUUAAUUUUGAUAAUCCUGGUGAUCAAUCUGACUACAGUAAUCUGUCUUUGGGUCGUUUGUCGAUGAACUCCAAUGAGCAAUUUCUGAAUUUCGGAUGGCCUACAAGAGAACACGAUGUGUCAUUGACGUUGGGUGAUAGUAGGCAAAUAGAACCAACUACAAAUAAUGAUGAUGAACACCAACAUGACCCUCAAGAAAUUCAUUGUGAAAGAAAUCGCCGUCGAGUCACAAGAAAAAGGCUACACCCUAUUUUCCCACUUUUCCUUCCUAAAGAAGCAAAAUUAACAUCAUUUUAUCAUUUUACUUUAGUACUUCUCUAUCUCAAAAUCUUUCUCUCAAAAGUUCAUCUCCUUAUCCUUGCCUCUCUAGCAGAUUUCGAAACUCUCCAACAUUCACAACAGGUUGAGGUAGCAACUUCAAAGAAAGUGCAAGGCAAACGUGGAUAUAAGAAAAUCAUUGAUGUGAACGACUCCAAGGGUGUUCGGAACCUAGUUGUUAGGGUUGUUGAUCUUUGGACUGUUAUCAUCAAACAGAGACAGGAAUCUAUGGAUAUGAUCAUUGUUGACAAGGAGAAUGUGAAGAUUCAAUUUACUGUGCCAACUGAAGAACUUGCGGAACAUAAAGAAAAGCUGGAAUUGAAUAAGACAUAUGAUAUGCAGAACUUUAAGGUGUUCAAAAAUGAGCUUGUGGUGCUCACCCUUUCAGACUAGUAGACAAUGAUGUAACAAUUAUCAAACCAAAUGAUUUUCUAGAAAUCCAUGUUGCCAAGUAUAAUUUCAAAGACUUUGGUGAGAUUCUGAAUAGCAACUAUCGGACGGAUUUGCUAAUAG